AUGUCUCAACUUAAGAUCGCUUCAGUUCAGUUCGAGAACUACUCCGGAGACAAGGAUAAAAACCUAGCCAUCAUCCGCCGAAUGGCAAGCGAUGCGGCAAAUCGCGGAUGCAAUGUCGUUGCAUUUCAUGAAUGCUCGGUUACAGGCUAUACCUUCGCUAGCCGUCUGUCCAAAGAAGAACUCCUUGAUAUUUCCGAAGAGGUCCCUGCCGGUCCAAGCACUGGUGCUUUGAUUGAAACUGCCCGCGAGCUCGACAUUGCUAUUCUAGCCGGGCUGUUUGAGAAAGAUGAGAAUGGCCAUAUUUACAAUACGUACAUUUGUGUCGACAGUACCAGAGGCUUUGUAGCCAAGUUUCGCAAACUACACCCCUUCAUCAGCCCUCAUCUUAGUCCAGGCAAUGAAUAUGUGGUUUUUGACCUUCUUGGUUGGAAAUGCGGUAUUCUGAUCUGCUAUGACAACAAUGUUGUCGAGAAUGUCCGGGCUACAGCUCUUCUCGGUGCAGAGAUCAUAUUCAUGCCGCACGUAACAAUGUGCACUCCGUCAACUCGUCCAGGCGCUGGUUUCGUUGAUCCAUCGCUUUGGACCAAUCGACAUCAGGAUCCAACAUCUCUGAGGGCCGAGUUCAACGGUCUGAAAGGCAGGCAAUGGCUGAUGAAAUGGCUACCGGCAAGAGCCUACGACAAUGCAGUAUACGUCGUCUUCUCAAAUCCUAUCGGUAUGGACGAUGAUCAAUUGAAGAACGGAUGCUCCAUGAUCCUUGAUCCAUUCGGGGAUAUCCUCAGCGAGUGCACUCUUCUUGGAGAGGACAUGGCUGUUGCGACUUGCGGCAAAGACAAGCUUCAAUUGGCAGGCGGAUUUCGGUAUAGACAAGCCAGACGACCCGAGCUAUAUCGAAACAUCAUAGGCUCAGAUCACAACUCCUCUCUUAAUGUCUCCUGGUUGGGCAAGUAG